AGCCAUUUCUUCUCAAGCCCACCUUCGCAUGCCACCCAGGGGCCUCCCCCGCCAGCUCGUCCCCAGCCCGCGCGGGCUCGCCGCGUCUCCUCCCUCCCUUCUCCCCAGCCCUCCCCGCGUCCUCCCCAGGGGCUGGCCCGCCAUGUCGGGCGCCGCGGGCGGAGGGGAGGGCGUCCGCUUGUGGGCGAUCUCGGACAUCCACACGGACAUGCCCGAGAACAUGGCGUGGCUCCGGGGCCUCGACGGGAGCGAGACCUCGAAGGACGCCCUGAUCCUCGCGGGCGACGUGUCCCACAGAGCAGCGGUCCUUCGGGAGACGCUCCGCCUGUGCAAGGAGCGCUUCGCCCGGGUCUUCUUCUGCGCCGGCAACCACGACCUCUGGCACGACGAGGCCGCGCGGCCGUCGCGGCCCUCCAUUGACGCCGUGGAGAAGCUGCGCCGCAUUGUCGACGUGUGCGACGAGCUCGGGGUCGAGUGUGCUCCGGCGGAGUUCGGCGAUUCUUCAGGCAGCGCGCUCGUGGUGCCGCUUCAGUCGUGGCACCACCCGCAGUGGGACACAGAGCCAGACAUUGACACGCACUGGGACGGCGUGGCUCCUGUCGAACAGAUCAUGAUGGACUACGCCUGCACGUCCUGGCCUCGAGGAGUUCAGAUAGGGGACGGCACGGCCGCGCAGGCGGUCGACGGCGUCAACGACGAGCUCUUCGACAUGGACGAGCUGCUGGAGAGAAGGGCGCGCUGCGAGGCGGUGGUGUCAUUCUCGCACAUGCUGCCCCGCCAGGACCUCCUCCCGGAGAAGCGCUACCUCUUCACGCCGGCCCUGGCGAAGGCCUCGGGCUCCGUCCCCCUGCGGCGGCGCGUGGAGCGCCUCCGGCCAGACGUGCACGUCUUCGGCCACACGCACUUCGGCUACGACCUCGACCUGGACGGGGUGCGCUACGUGCAGGCGCCCCUCUCGUACCCGGCCGAGCGGAGGAGGCGAGGCAGCACCGUGGCGGUGGGCCCCUUCCUCGGCGGCCGGCCGCAGCCGUUCCUGCUCUGGGGCUCCGCCGCGUCCUGGGCGCCGCGCAGCGGGGGCGCCUGGUCCGAGUACGCCAAGAGGUAUGGCCGCCGCCCGGAGGUCACGUGGAUCCUGCCGGCCUACUCGGCAGACCUCUACCGCCCCAAGACGGCCGCCGCAUGCGUGGGCUGGCUGGAGGGCCGCAUGCCCUCGUGGCUGUUCGGGCCGCGCGGCCUCCGCGUCGAGGAGGCCCGGGCGGUGGCCGAGCAGAUCGGCACCGCCAUGGCCUCAGGGAAGCCUCGGCCUGGGCGGGACGAGCCCAAGUGGAUCGAGCCGGCCGAGCUCCAGCGCCUGCGGGAGCGGGAGGCCUGCGUGGUCGUCGACGUGCGCGCGGACGCGGACGCCGCCGCCGGGCGCCUCCCGGGGAGCGUGGCGCUGCCCCACCCGACGGGCACCGAGGGCUUCCCUCGAAGAGGACAAGACUGCACGGCCAUGGACCUUUUUCUUCCCGAGCUCCGCGCGGAGCGCCGAAAGGUUCAUGCCUGUGCCGCGUUCUCCUCUUCCGUUCCCGGCGCUGCCCGAUGCAGAGCUCCUGGCGCUCGGCGAGCGGCUCAUGAGCGGGCGCCUGGUGGUGGUGGGCCGCUCCGGCCACGACGAGCGCGCCGCCCUGCACGCGGCCGCGCUGCUGGGCGCCUUCCUGCGGGUGCGGUGCAGCGGCAUGCUGGUGCUCCGGGGCGGGGCGGAGGCGUGGGAGGCCCUCGGCGCGGGGGCGGAGCCGCGCGGCUGAGCCGCCGCGGUCUCGCGCAGGGCAGGGCACACUCGGAGGGCGCCAGCUCUC